AUGGGACCAUAUCUGAGUUAACCAAAUAGAAAUAAAACUACAACAACUGGAUCAGGAAAAUCUGUUAUAUUUGCUGCUUCUGAAAUGCAAGGUAUUUUUAUGAAUCUAGAUUUAAGGCUGGAGAAACACAAUGGAAGAUGCUCAUAUUCACAGACCUGAUAUUGCCUAAGAUGUUUCUGUUUUUGGUGUAUUUGAUGGUCAUGGAGGAAGAGAAGUAGCAUAUUUUGUAGAAAAACAUUUUAUUGAUGAAUUACUAAAAAAUUAAAAUUUUAAGGAUUAGAAAUUUGCAGAUGCUCUUUAAGAAACAUUUUUGAAAAUGGAUGAAUUGUUGAUGACACCAGAAGGAUAUAAAGAAUUAAAUAAUUACAAGUCUAAUAAUUCUGAUGGUGACUAUUAAAGUAAAUAAUAGAUUCUUAUGCUGGAUGUACUGCCAAUGUAGCUUUGAUUCACAAGAAUACUUUAUAUGUUGCUAAUGCAGGAGAUUCAAGAUCAGUAUUAUGUAGAAAUAAUACAAACUUUGAUAUGAGUGUAGAUCAUAAACCAGAUAAUUAUUUAGAAAAACAAAGAAUUGAAAGAGCUAUAGGUUUUGUAAGUGGGGCUAGAAUUAAUGGUAAUAUAAAUAAAUUAAUAAAAUUAUCUUUAGCCAAUUUAAAUUUAUCAAGGGCUAUAGGGGAUUUGGAAUAUAAACGUAAUAGUAAUUUGAGACCUCAUGAAUAAAUGAUUACAGCAUUUCCAGAUAUUAAAAUAAUAGAUUUGGGGUAAUAGGAUAAGUAAUAUUUAUAAUGUUAUUGAAGAUUCAUUUUGAUGGGAUGUGAUGGAGUGUUUGAAACCCUGUCUCAUUAAGAGUUGCUAAAUCAUGUAAAUGCAACUUUGGGAAAUGCAUCUGUUACUGAAAAGUUAUUAUAAAAAGCAGCAGAAGAUUUAUUAGAUUAAUUAUUAGCUCCAGACACAAGUUUAGGAUUAGGUUGUGACAAUAUGACAAUUAUUUUAGUGUAUUUAAAAAAAUGA